UCUUUUCUGCAAGGCUUCACAAUGGCCGCCAUUAUUUCUCUCUGCAUUGCUUCUCUGCUCCCAUUUUUCCUAGCUGUUGACGCUAGAAUCCCCGGCGUUUACACCGGCGGCGCCUGGCAGAAUGCUCAUGCCACCUUCUACGGCGGUUCUGACGCUUCCGGCACCAUGGGCGGAGCUUGUGGGUAUGGGAAUUUGUACAGCCAAGGGUAUGGAGUCAACACGGCGGCGCUAAGUACGGCUCUGUUCAACAAUGGGCAGAGCUGCGGCGCUUGCUUUGAAAUUAAGUGUGCUAAUGACCCAAAAUGGUGCCAUUCCGGUAGCCCCUCAAUCUUGGUUACUGCUACCAAUUUCUGCCCGCCGAAUUAUGCUCUUCCAAACGACAAUGGCGGCUGGUGUAACCCUCCUCGGAGCCACUUCGACCUCGCCAUGCCCAUGUUCCUUAAAAUCGCCGAAUACCGUGCCGGAAUUGUUCCCGUCGCUUACCGCCGAGUGCCAUGCCGGAAGCAGGGAGGAAUCAGGUUCACGAUCAACGGUUUCCGUUACUUCAACCUGGUUUUAAUCACCAACGUCGCGGGUGCAGGGGAUAUCGUGCGGGCUAGCGUUAAAGGAUCAAAAACCGAGUGGAUGAGCAUGACGAGAAACUGGGGGCAAAACUGGCAAUCCAACGCCGUGUUAGUGGGCCAGGCUUUGUCGUUUAGAGUGACCGGCAGUGACCGGCGAACCUCAACGUCUUGGAACAUCGUGCCCGCCAAUUGGCAGUUCGGCCAGACUUUCACCGGAAAAAACUUCCGUGUUUAACCGCGAGUAACUGUUUCUAUGAAUUUACAUUUUUAACCUUUGUGGCGUCGACUUUAAGGUGCCGUUGGUAACGGGGAGGAGUGUAGUAGGGUCGUGGUUGUCUGAAUGUCUGGCUAUAAAACUAAUCUGAUCUGAGCGUAAUUUAGAGCAAGGGUUGGGGGUAUUAUUGGAAGAAUAUUUAGACAGGGGGUUUGUUCGGUUUUCUGGUUGUGUGACCGUACAUGGCUGAAGCGGCUGAAUGAAGAUUAUGGCCCGCAGUCUUCUUUUACAGACACAAUUUGAGU